GUUCUUCACUUCUACGCCCAGAGUAAUGACGUGUCAAGAAAGUGCCGGAAGCGCCGAUUUGUCCAAGAUGGCUUACCAGACGUUUCAACAGGAAUAUCUUCAGAUUCCUGUUGUAACCAGGGCAUAUACCACCGCCUGUGUUCUCACAACCGCCGCUGUGCAACUGGAACUAAUCACACCUUUCCAGCUAUAUUUCAAUCCUGAUUUAAUAUUGAAACAUUAUCAGGUAUGGCGGCUCAUAACCAAUUUUCUGUUUUUUGGUCCUGUUGGUUUCAACUUCCUAUUCAAUAUGAUUUUUUUAUAUCGGUACUGCCGGAUGCUGGAGGAGGGCUCAUUUAGAGGCCGUACUGCUGACUUUGUGUUCAUGUUCCUCUUUGGUGGUGUCCUCAUGACCAUAUUUGGCACCUUUGUGAGCCUUGUGUUCCUGGGCCAAGCUUUCACUAUCAUGCUGGUGUAUGUGUGGAGCCGACGUAACCCCAAUGUUCGCAUGAACUUCUUUGGCCUACUAAACUUUCAAGCCCCGUUUCUGCCCUGGGUGCUCAUGGGAUUCUCCCUGCUUCUAGGAAAUUCCAUCAUUGUUGACCUUCUAGGCAUUGCUGUCGGACAUGUGUACUUCUUUCUGGAGGAUGUCUUCCCAAACCAGCCUGGGGGUGGCAGGUGGCUGAAGACACCAACCAUUCUAAAGAUGUUGUUUGACACUCCGGAAGAAGAUGCUAACUAUAACCCCCUCCCAGAGGAGCGCCCAGGUGGCUUUGCCUGGGGGGAGGGGCAGCGCCUUGGCGGCUAGGCCAGCCUCCCACCCCUGCGUCAGACUUGCGGACAUUUCUUCAGAGAGCUACGAAAGACUCCUUUCUCUUUUUACCCAUUUCUCUUGCUCUGGAUUAAGAGUGUGAAACCCCCCUCCCUCUGUGUACCAGCAGGAUUUGCGGUUGUCUAUGUUCGAGGCAAGUGUCUCCUUCAAGCUGUUGACUGUAUUGUUCAGUCUUGUCAGACUGUCACUAAAGAUUGUGUGAAAGGGCACAGCAAUUUCAGAACUGCAGAAGGGACUAGUGACAGCUGCUCUUGAUCAUGGCCGUCUUCGUGUUUCAUCAGUUUUUUACUAACGUAGAUCAAAUGAACAAUUAUCUGCUGACGAAAAGAGAAGAGGAAAAAUUGUGGAACAAUUCUGAUCUUCGCAGCCUUUUUUCAAUUUUACUUUUUUUUCUAAAGAAUAAAUGUAUGUGAAAAGUAUAAAUGUGGCAAAGGAAAAUGUUUUCUGUCGUUUGUUGCGCAGUGAUGGAAUAAUAUUUUGAUUUAAUUUUGCAGUGAUUGUCUCGUUCUCAAAUAAUCUCACUGAUUGACUGCUGUUUUGGUAUGAAUAUAUUGUAGAGAUCAGUGUUCUACAUGGUCUAAACUGAAGGUUCACACCCGUUAUAAUACAGUAGAGUAGUACAGAAUCUCAGAAACCCUUUGGGGAAUGUGAGUAAUUCAGAACUCUGAAACCGAAGUUAAAAUGUGCUUGUUUUCAUUUUAAUUAUUCAUUGGAAUGGUUGUUGUAGACUUUAUUUUUGUCAGGCUCUUAUUUUGUUGCCGUAAAUCUUUUUGUAACUUAACCAAUAAUCAGACGAGCAACUGGAAGGUUCUUCUUGGAACUUUUUUUUUUUUUCUACUUCAGCCUACCAAAAGAUGCAACAUAAUAAAAUGCCUUCUAAGGACCUGUUCAGUUAA